GUAAAAUACUAUGUCUGCCUACUGAUUGUUAUUUGGAUUUUUAAAAACUACAGCAAGCAUAGCUGACCACCAUCUCAUCAUGUCUACUGAAGCUGAAACUACUACUAUCAACAGCCAGCCUGAGCAACAGGCUCCACCAAAAGCACAACCUUCAAAGAAGGAAAAAAAGAAAGGGCCAGAAAAGACAGAUGAAUCUCUCUUGGCCAGAUUCAAAGGUGAUGGUGUAAGAUACAAAGCUAAACUGAUUGGCAUUGAUGAUGUCUCAGAGGCAAGAGGAGACAAAAUGAGUCAGGAUUCAAUGAUGAAACUGAAGGGAAUGGCAGUGGCAGCCCGUUCCCAGGGUCAACACAAACAGAAGAUCUGGGUGAACAUCUCCCUCUCUGGUAUCAAGAUAAUAGAUGAGAAGACUGGGGUCAUAGAGCAUGAGCAUCCAGUAAACAAAAUCUCCUUUAUUGCUCGGGAUGUAACAGACAAUCGUGCCUUUGGCUAUAUUUGUGGUGGAGAAGGCCAGCACCAAUUUUUUGCCAUAAAAACAGCACAACAGGCUGAGCCUCUAGUUGUUGAUCUUAAGGACCUCUUCCAACUAAUAUAUAAUAUGAAGAAGAAGGAAGAAGAAGACAAGAAAAAGAGUGAAGAAACAAGUAAGACUGAGAAUGGUAGCGAAGCAUUACCUGCUGAUCAAGCUGACAAAAUGAAACUGGGAGUUGACCAGAUGGACUUGUUUGGGGAUAUGUCAACACCUCCUGAUAUGAGCAGUCCCACAGAAGCUAAAGAGAUUCUGUUAGUGGAUCUAAAUUCUGAAAUUGAGACCAAACAGACUUUUACAAAAGAGGAUCUCUUCUUGAAUGGCAUCACAACCUCUCUUCCACAACCAAAGCCACAGCCACCCUUCUUGCCUGAGAGUUCUUUCUCUACCAAUCUCAGCUUCUUUCCUACACCUAAUCCAGACCCUUUCAGUGAUGAUCCUUUCUCACAGCCAGACCAAUCUGCACUGCCUUCAUUUGAUUCUCUAAAAUCUGCUGAUCAGAAGAAGGAAAGUCUGAGUACCUUGACAUCGGUGGGUAAUGGUGCUUCAAAUGGUGAUAUUGACUACUUUGGUAAACAGUUUGACCAGAUUUCUAAUAGAACUGGCAAACGAGAAGCACUAACAAGCCAGUGGCCACCUGAGAGUAAGUUGCCUGCAGCAAGAACCCCAAAUGGGGUACCGGAGAGAGAACAGAAUGGUUUUCUUAAAGCCCCGUCAAACCUGUUUGUGGAAGGUCCUUCCAAAGGAGUAUCUCUGCAGAAUGGAGUAAAGCUGGAUUCUGAAAGCAAUAUCCCGUUCAUGUCACAUGAGUCUAUAACAAUUAGCCCACCACCACAAAGUACCAAGCCAGGAAGAGGAAGGAGGUCUGUCAAGACUGCAUCGAAUGACUUAUUUAGCUCAGACUUCUUUGUGCCGAUUACAGAGAGCCUUAGCUUGACCUCAGUGGUACAGACAGGACCUGUGCCAACUAGUCCACUGGACCUCUUCAAAACAAGUCCUACCACAGCACCUCCACUGGCUGGUCUAGGUGGCUUGCCAGUAACUUCAUCACCAUGGAGUGCACAGACACCAGUCUUUCCUGGGUCUGUGAUGCCUGCUCAGCCUACAGGAUUUACUCAACCACUUGCCUUUGGUACUCAAGCAGUGCCAAGCUGGAACCAGCCUCAAUCUUUUGGCCCAGCAGCCCCUCAGUCCUCUGGUCUCUGGGCACAGGCAGCACAAGUUCCAUCUAGUUCAUGGGCGCAGCCAUCCAGUGCUGUAAAUCCCUUCCAGAGUAGUGUGUUCCCAUCUUCAACACUACCUGCUCAGACGCCAUCUGUACUGCCCUCCAUGUCAACAACAACUAGCCCACCUCUGCCACCACCUAGAACUGCACCUCAGAAGGAGCUAUCCAAGAAAGAGAGUGAUGCUUUUAUUGCUCUGGAUCCACUUGGUGAUAAAGAGAUGAAGGAUGUCAAGGAAAUGUUCAAAGACUUCCAGCUGACAAAGCCACCUGCAGUACCAGCAAGGAGAGGAGAGCAGCAAAGCCUUUCAGAACUACCAAAGCCUGUUCCCCGACAAAGUGUGCUGCCAGCUGAUGGUCUGUUUGAAAGUCAAGCUAAACCAGACCUUUUCAGUGCCUCAUCU